UAAUAUGAAUGUAAUGUUAACUACAAUGAGACCAACGAUAACACUCAGACGGCAAUUAUUGUUAUCAAUGCGGCACUCAUUGUCCGGCACCGGGAGGCCAGUCAUCAAAAACAAUGAUGACCGCCGUUGUAUGCAUUGGUUGGCACAUACACUGGAUAUCAAUAAGUUUAGGGAUGACUUCAAUAACAAUAAAUAUGAUAAUCUUGAAAGUAAUGAUUUUGAUUACAAUUUAUUAAACACGCGUUACGUGACUGAAGAAACCAUUCGUGAACUUCGUGUGAGGACUACUUGUUGUCCAUUAAAUGAGUCGAAACUGUUUGCUAACAAUCCAUCACUUGUAGUACCCAUAGAUAACAAGACAGUUGUCGGAAAAGAGAUCCGAUUUCCAGAGACAACAAUGAUUGGACUCGAGAAGUAUAUCCCAAAUGAGGCCGACAUCGAAACCUUUGUUAAAGAUGUUCUGAAUUUUGAGUUGAAGAAGGAAUGCUUCAAAAAUGUAUUCAUUUGUCGAUCACAACAACGACUUAAUUGGGAUAACAAACACUCAUACGAUAGACAUAGUGUAUUCGGAUCUAAAACAUUGGGAUUUCUUUGUAUUCCCGAUAUAAUUAUUGCAUCAAAUUUAAGAAACUUUUUUGCUAUUGAAGUUAAACAGAUUGACAAUCAUCUCAUUGAAGACUCUGACAUACGUUACGAUAAUAUUGAGAAUAUAAUAAACUAUUCUGAUCUCGAAGUUAGCAAAUUGACAAAAACAAAACUAAAAAAUUUCAACAAAAAUAUGGGUCAAAUGAUAAGUGAAUUAAUUUUCUUGGCCGACAAUAACAUGACAUAUAACAUGUCUACCAAUCAGUUGUAUGGACUGCUAGUCCGAAAAAAUUACUUUCAUUUCUAUAUGACUGACAUUGAACGGCAAUACAUAGAAAAACUUCGGUCACAAACACAACUGACGACCGAAGAUGAAGUUAUUAUCAAACAUAUAACGGACGGCAUUGGACUCAACUAUAAACACAAUAGGGAUCGCCAACUGAUUCAUCAAAUAUUGUUCACAAUAUUAUACAAUGAAUUGAAUCGAUAG